AUAAGAGGAACAGAAAUACAGAUUGAGCUCUGAUCACUGGGUCUGAUGGGUCUCCUUGUUACUCUGAGGCCUUGCUAUUUAACAGCGCUGCUAUCAACUGUGUCCCAAUGAAUCGCUGGUAAAUAAAAGAUGAGGGAGAACGUGCCUUAUCACAGAGGCAGAUGGUGAGAAGACGCAGGCACCGAGGACAGGAGUGAUCGAUGCCCAUCUGACACUGUCAGAACUGGGAGGGAUAGAGCAAUGGAGCAGUAUAAAGCCUCCUGCGAACACAAAGGUGUCAGGCUGGAGAUUGGAGACACUUGGGUCAAUGAGGAUUGUUACCAAUGCGUCUGUCUGAAUCCUUUGGGAGUGGGCUGCUGUGACAAUGUGGCACAGCCGGUUGAUUACCCAGAAUGGUGUGAAGUCAUUCAGCGGCCCAACUCCUGUCUUCUGGCAGUCGUUAUGAGGGCCAAUCAAAAGAUCCCGUGCAUCAGCAAAGCUGGCAUGGGCCGCCUGCAGCUCCGGAGCAGGCACAGGGAAGGCAAGAACCCAUUCUUCUAGCAACUGAGAUCCCAGGAAGUGGCCACCGCACCCCCACAUCAAACACAUUCAGUAUGGCUUGAUAUUUAGAUUCUGUUCAUAUCUCUUCCGCAGAAUAGUCUGAUUUCCUAUUUAGCCUAAGUAGUCCCUGUUAUUAAAAAGGGAAAGGAGUUUGCCAUGUGGGGCCCACGACACAAGUCAGAUCCCAGAAAGGCUGCUUCAUGUUCCAGACGAUGGUGCAGGUUUAACAGGUGAGAUGGUUAAGAUGGUUAUACUGAUUGCCAGGGAGUAGAGUGUUCCUGUAUGUGUAAGAUGUUCAAGGAGACUCGCUGUUUCAGCCAUGGUCUGCUCUGUAAUAAAGAAAA